UCCACCGCCUGUUUUCAGUCUCCACUGUUGUUAAGAGCAAACGGAGAAGAAACACAAAAUUUCAGUGUUUUUUUUUUUUAAUGGAAAACUUAUUUAGUAUCUGCUGCUAAAUCCGCCCGAGAAGAGGAGGAGGGGGAGGAAAGGAAGAGCUGCGAGAGACAGAAGAGAAGAGGAGGAGGACUGGGAGAAAAAAUCGGGACAGUAUAAAAUGCUGCAGAUUUGACUGAAAGAUGUCAAACGUUAACAUGGAAGCGACCACCAUCCUCCCCAUCCUCAAGAAGAAACUGGCCUUUCUGUCAGGGGGCAAAGAUCGGCGCAGUGGUCUGAUCCUGACCAUCCCCCUCUGUUCAGAUCAGACCAGCAUGGAGGAGCUCAGCGCCACACUGGACUACCUCCUCAGCAUCCCCAGUGAGAAGUGCAAGGCUCGAGGUUUCACCGUUAUCGUGGACGGACGGAAAUCUCAGUGGAACAUUGUGAAGACCGUGGUGCUCAUGUUACAGAAUGUGAUCCCAGCCGAGGUGUCGCUGGUCUGCGUGGUGAAGCCAGAUGAAUUCUGGGAUAAAAAGGUCACACACUUCUGCUUCUGGAAGGAGAAAGACCGCCUGGGAUUUGAGGUGAUCCUGGUUUCGGCCAAUAAGCUGACUCGUUACAUUGAGCCCUGUCAGCUGACGGACGACUUUGGAGGAAGUCUGGACUACGACCACAAUGACUGGCUCAACAAGAGACUGGUUUUUGAGAAGUUCACCAAGGAGUCCACGUCGCUGCUGGACGAGCUGUCGAUCAUCAAUGACAGCGACAAGAGCAGCUCGGUGGACAAGGACAAAUCAGCCGACUGCGCCCUCUUGCCGUCCUUCGACCCUGAGACUGUCCUUCAGACCGGUCAUGAGCUGCUGUCGGAGCUGCAGCAGCGUCGUUUUAACGGCUCAGAGGGAGGAGGAGGAGGACAGGGAGGUCCGGCUUGGUGCCCCAUGGAGGAGGAGCUGCUGGCCCAGCCUCAGGUGAUGAAGCUGCUGGACUCGCUCAGGGAGCAGUACACCAGAUACCAGGAGCUCUGCAGGCAGCGAAACAAACGCACCCAGCUAGACGAGAUCCACACCAAGGUCAUGCAGGUGGUCACCUGGUUGCAGGGUCCAGGUUCAGAGCUGUUGAAGACUCAUCAGGCGAUUGGAGACUCGAUUCGAGCAGCUCAGGCCCUGCAGCAGAAACACGAGGAGAUCGAGAGCCAGCACAGUGAGUGGUUUGCGGUGUACGUGGAGUUGAACCAGCAGAUUGCUGCCUUGCUCAGUGCUGGGGAGGAGGAGGAAGUGGCGGAGCUUAAGGCGCUGCAGCAGCAGCUCAGUGACGUCUGUUACCGACAGGCGGCUCAGCUGGAGAACCGACAGAACGUCCUGCAGGCGGCACAGGGCUUCCACAGCACCACGCAGGAGUUGUCCCAGCAGUUGGACAGUCUACUCGGCAUGCUCUGUGCUGACGUGGCUCCAGCUGAUGGAGCUUCGAUUCAGCAAAACCUCAAACUGCUGGAGGAGAAGCUGCAGACUGUCGAGGCGGGUCUUACUUCUUUGCGUCAGAAGGGGGCGGUGUUGCUGGAGCAGAUGUGCAGCCAGCCGCCGUGGUCUCUGGAUGAAACUGAGAGCCCAGCUGGAGAACAGCAGGACAACGUUCAGCACAUCCAGGCUGUGAUGGAGGAGAUGCAGCUCCGCAAGCAGAGGUGUGAGGAUAUGGUGGAUGUGAGAAGGCUGAAGAUGUUACAGAUGGUCCAACUGUUCAAAUGUGAAGAAGAUGCUUUACAGGCAGUAGAGUGGCUCGGGGAGCUGUUGGACGCCCUGCUGAAGACUCAUGUCAGACUGGGCGAUGACUGUCAAGAGACCAGGACCAUGUUGGACAAACACAGGAAGUUUGUGGAUGUCGCUCAGAGCACCUAUGAUUACGGCCGUCAGCUGCUGCAGGCGACCGUUGUCCUCUGUCAGUCCCUGCGCUGUACGACGCGCUCGUCCGGAGAUACUCUGCCGAGACUCAACCGAGUCUGGAAACAGUUCAGCGUUAGCGCCGAAGAGAGACAACAGAGACUGGAGCUGGCUCUGAAUUUCCACACCUCUGCCGAGAGGGUGUUACAGCAGGAAUGUGUGGAGGCGGAGUCUCUGGAUGAAGUCGACUCUUCUGGGAAAACUCUGUUGGACAGACUGACUAUGCCUGUUAUCUUCCCUGAUGGGAGCGAGCAGUACUUUGGGAGUCCCAGUGACACAGCGGCGGCGGCAGAGGGUGUCAGAGAGCGCCUCCUGCUGGUGGAGGAGCGGCGGCUGCAGCUGCAGGAGGCGAGGCUGCAUAAUAACGAGGAGGAGGAGGUGCUAAACGGGCAGGAGGUGCGGCUAGACGUGAUCGGAGAGGAGCUGAGUGAGAAAGAAGACCAAGAGGAAGAGGAGGAAGCGGAGGAGGUGGGGCAACAGGAUGAAGAGUUAGAGAGAGCUACACAAGACUGCUAAUGGAUGACGCUAAACUGAGCAGCCUUAAUGAAGCUUGUUAAUGAAGGGCUGCUGAUUCAUCUCCACGAAGACCUCCACUUUGUUGAGGUUUGUUGCUCCCUGAGCUGAAAAAGCCCUCGACUGGUUGCCUCCGUCUCACCACAGUGGUAGUUUAUUAUUAACUGCUGCUCUGUCUCUACAUCAGACCAUAUCAUCCACCAGCCUCACUGCUUACCCUUCCUUCAAGAGGAUAAACAUGUUGGAUGUGAUUUCUCCGUCGUGCUUUCACUCCUUUCAACAGAAACUGAAAGCUUUACCACUGUUUGUCCCGGAAGAGCAGCACCCUAUAACUUUUUUUCUGCCGUUAAGUGAUCCAGCAGAUUUCCUUCCGAACGGGACCUGGUGGAUCAAAAAUGUAAAAUACUGGAAUUAUUUACUGGAAUAAUUAAUACUCAUGUCUCCGGAUGCUCUGUUGAUAAUGAUCGACUGUAAAAUAACCUGUUUGGAUAAGAAUACUCCUAACAUACACCUAACACCACCUCCUUCCCAGCAUGCCACUUGUUCACCUAGGUGGGCGGAGCUUCCAUGGUGCUAACAUGGUUAGUAAAGUCUUUGUCUGUGCCUCCUUCGACUUUCUCUCAUUUCUUCCUCCUUUGACCUGCUUUUAUUUGCCUCCUCUGACAAAAGAUGAACUUGGUGGUUAGUACAGGAACUUCAAGGGUGAAGCUACAGUAUAUCAGGUGCGCAGCGACCUGAUCCUGUUCCUGCAUCAAUAGUCCUGCACAUUUCACCUGCAGACAUUGUGAGGUGACUGUCUGUUGGACCUUUUCAGCACUGGGAUGGACGUAAAACUCAUAUCACCAGUACGAACAAGCUGGAAAAAAAUCUGCUUUAUUGACAAAAACUCUAAGAUAUACGACUGUUUUUAAAGCAAACUAAAGAAGAGGGAAGUCAACUACAAGUCCCAAAGAGCAUUGUGAAAGAACAAAAAAACAACAUCCCAUCAGCUUAAAGUAGAACAUUUACUUUGUGAAAAUCCCCUUGCAAGUCAUCUGUGGAUACUCCUCCCAAACUCUGAAGUCUUCCUUUUAAAGUUGAACUGAAAUUUAAAUUCUCCUCAUUUCUGUUUACGAUACCCACCAUUUUGUUCCACUUCCUUAACAGAACAAGCCCAACUUUAUUUUUAGGGACUGUUACAAGGUAAAACUUGGACGACGCUUGCCUUUUUUCAGACUUCUGGCUGACGGCAAUCACUGCACCAUAGGCCUUUGCUGCAAAAUAUGAUGCAACUUUAGAGGAUGAAUUACUUAAUUGUGUGCACAGAUUAUAAUUACGUGUUUUCAGAAACCUCCUGGGCUCUGUAAUUUGGCAAUUACUGAUUUGACCAAAUAAAUGCACAUGUGGAGAUAAUCAGCAGGUAGUUUUCAGUGAAUUUUAAUUUCAGUUCAACUUUAGGCCCAUUCCUUAUUGAAAUGGUCUCUGGGACUUGUACUCAACACAGGUGUGAAAUUAAUGUAUCCAUGAUGUUUAAGUCUUUCAGGGACCCAGAGGCUCCGACCACUUCGCUGUUCUAAAUAAACCCUCUGCCUUCAUGAUUGGAUUCAAACCUGUGCCGCUUGCACUGGUCUAGACCACAGGGGCCUCUGACUCUGCCGGCAGUCGAGGGGACAGACAGACUGGGUGCACAGGGACUGUUUUGCAGACAUGGCGACAUCAGAAUAAGACAGAUUCCUUUUCUAUUUAUUUGACUUUUUUCAAGCAAACCUUGCUGUAAUUGGUUUCUGUUUUUGGCCAAUAGCUGCUGCUGUAAGUGUAACCGCUAAAUGCCACGUCUUGCUCUCUAUCCUCUCGGUCCAGUAACGUACAUUGACAUCAGAAAGACCUCAUCCUCUAAAUAAAGAAGCUUUUUGA